AUGCAUUCACAGGAAUCUCCGAGUUACGAUACACACAACACUUCCUACAUGAUCUCCUCUGCGCCUCCGAACCCGUCGUUUAGUUUUCCGGCUCAACCGUCGACAGACAACAUGUCAAGCAGUUCACGUCGGGCAAGACGGCAGGCACCCGCUGCCCUACCUUCGUUUUCUUUCCCCCAGGCUCCCGCUGACUCUGGUGCUGCGGCUGCGGCUGCGGCUGUGACGGUGCCUGCUGCGGGGCCGGUCUCUCCCACGCUCGUUGAACCCGCCCCUCAGCUGCAUACAAUCGGUCACCGUCGACUACCCAGCGAACUGCUUGGUGAUGUGUCCGCCCAGGCAGCCAUCAACAAUACCAUGACAGCACCUUCAGCACUCCCUCAUCCGGGUCCUGGACUUGCUGCUGGCCAGGGUCGAGGAGCACGCAGGCAUGCCCACCGCAGAUCACAGGCAAUAUCAAGUGUGGAUUUGACUGCAGUGGCCAAAGCGUUCCCACCAGUUCCUGUCUGUGGAAGCGUACCGACCUCGCCCAUCCUACCGUUCGCCAGUGAUAAGAAUGCCAAACUCUCAUCACGGUCUUUUCCGGAUAUGUAUACCUCCCAAGCGUCCCCGAAGCGGCCCAUGCAGCAGACAGAGCCGUCCUGCAAAGACGAGGUUCCCGAAGUACCGCCAGCCCUCCGCCGCCCACUCUCAACAAUAUCGUCAGAGAGCAGCGUCUCAACCGUCCGUCCCAACCAGAUAUUUUCUGAUCGUUCCGGCUCCGGGCAGAGAAGUGGUGCAACCUCCCCUCAGAAUGAACCCUCGGCUCGGCCUAAAACUGCCGGCGCACAGCUGGCCAUGAAGUGGAAAACUUUCAAUCCUUCCAAUGAUAACGAAGUCGCCAAACGACCGCUCUCUGCUUCAGCAUCUAUGGCCUUGAACUUCAACCUGGCAGACGCUACAAAGGCCCAGGAGGCCAAGGGUGUCUCUGCUGCUAACGGCCCGGAUGUAUCAGACGGCGAGACGACUGAUGCUGAAACGUCCACAAUAACUCAACAACGAACAUCACACGAGCGAAAACCGUCGAAAAAGCAAAAGAAAAAGCGUUCUUGGACCGGCAUCCUGACUCGCAAGGGAAAGAAGCGUUCGUCGAAGAAACAGUCUCGCAAGGCGCCUACCCCUCCACCAGUGCUUACAAGAACCAACUCGGAGCUCGGAUCUAUGUAUGGUGUCGAUUUCGAUCAAGAUAACACAAUAGUAAUCCGCACUCCCACCGCCCAAAAUGCUCCAAAAAGUCAACGAUCAGGUGAAGCAGCUUCUACUGAUGCCAGCCUGGAAACCGCAUGGAAACCAAAAAGCUUCUAUGAGCAACAAAGCAACCCUGACAUAUUUAGCCCUGUUAUCGAUCUCGAUGCUGCCCUGGGUCCAUUCAAUACUCCUGAAAUGGGGCAUGAACGGAACAUCACUAGCGGCUUCGUGAUCGCCACAAAACGGAUGUAUAGCGGUGGACGUCGGGGUGAAUUCGUGGGCCCAGAAAUGCGAUACCACAGACGGGCAGAGAGUGCGCCGGAAAUGCCGCCGUUCGACCGCAGUUUCCUUAGUAACUCUCGAUUCGGUCUGUCGGCUGCCAUUGAGAACCCAGAUGUGUUUGAUGAGGAGGAAGAGGAUGCCUUUUUGGCUCAGAACGAUGACCAGCCCAAGAAGAACUCCGGUUUGGCAAAGGCAGACGCAACUGAUAGCGAAUCAUCAAGCGAGGAGGAAGAAAGUGAUAGUGAAGGAGCUGGCUUGGGCAUCCAAGUAGUCGACUCCAGCCAUCCACCAGACCUUUACCCAGCCUCUGUUGAAAGCCGCCCCAGUACCGCCCAGGUCGUCACUCCUCGCACCCCCUAUGCUCAACCUAUCGAUUUCGAAUCCCAGUCCCAACGCAGCAAUAGCAACAGCACUACCUAUCACCCUGGUAGCGUUGGCAUCGUAGGCUCGGAUUCUGGUCAAACUUCCCCACGCAAUUUUGACGAAAAGCGCCCCUCCACCUCCCCCGAAUUCAUCUACAACAUCUCGAACGCUACAAACCUUACGACUGCCCCUUCAAUCAUACCUCCAGUGCCUAUGAUCCCACAGGCAUUCCCUUCCCCCGCCCCGUCAAACAUAUCCUUCGACGCUCCCCGCCUCAACACUGCAUCUUCCUCCAUCACAGACCGCCAACCCAGCUCGGGCUCCGUCUACUCCGGCGAGCCAGGAUCAGACUACCUCCAAAACUCCAUCGAGGAUGUUCCGUCCCUAACGAGCUCCUCGUCAACGAUGACAGGAAACAUCCCUCGCCUUCCCAGCGCCAUCUAUGGCCGCAACCCAGGCGACCGGGCCGCCUCCUUCUCCCAUGUGCUACAAUUGAGCAGCAACAAUAGUCAUAAUAUCAACAAUAACCGGCCUAGCUCGUCAAAACGUGCCAGCAUAGUUAGCUUUUCGCGACUUGUUGGCGCUACUUCCGAGCGUAGUAAGCUCAGCUACGAGGAGAAGGCGCCUAUGGAUGAGCCAGACAAGCGCAAAAAGAAGGGCCACCGAAUCAGUCGGUUGAUGCAGUUCUGGAAAGUGAAGGAUAAAGAUAGGCGGAGGGAGUAG